ACUGACGGGGAUGGGCCCGAGGAUAGCACUUAUCGUGGGUGAAGACGCGGGGACGUCUGCAGCUCUGAUAAUGCUGGUCAAACGAAGAAAACACGCAGGUGCGACGAGCAGAUAAGAAACCGUUUGGGGCUGCUUCUUAUAGAGUGAGUACUCUGCGGUUUCCGUUACGAGAACACAUGCAGGUAUUUCAAUGAGCUUUGUUCUAUGAAAAAAAAAAAAACAACCCUAGCUAUUCAAACUCUAUCUGUCUAUAAAUCUAUCCGUCCAUCCUUCCAUCUAUCGAUCUAUCUUCGUGCGUAUUUACGCGCGGCUACUUGGAUCAUUUUCUCAGCCACCGCAAACUGUAAACAUCAAUGAGCUCUUGAUUCCCGCCCACCAAACAGUGAGUAAAACUUUUUGUCGUACCCUUUGCUCCACCUCCUCUGCGCCCACUGUAGGAGAAAGUAAACAGCUCGACGGUGCGCACCUUAUCGCUAUCAAGCAGGCGCGUAACCGCGUUGCGCCAUCGUUGGUGUCGGAACAAAAAAAACAAGCGUCACCCCGAAGGAGAGCGUUCUCUCUCUCCCUCUCUUGCGUGUUGAGCUCCAGUGAUGCAGGUGGACGACAGAGACCCGCAGUCUUUCUGUUCACGGAGAAGACAAAAGGAUGACAUGUGAUCACCUGAGCCGACUGUUGGCACUCUACCUGAUCUUGUGCGCCACGCGAAGACUUUCCAUUGUCCAAGGCGCACGGGAUUUCGAGAGGAAAGCCUCCAUGCUGCUGAAACAGGUGCCAGAAAACCCCAAGUGCUAUGCUGAAGACAAGAGCAACUUCAUUUGCUUCUGGGAGGAAGAUGAGGAGAGGGCUGGUUCUGUGGAGCAGUACUCCUUCACAUACACCUACCAAAAUGAAAACAGCAACAGGUGCCCACUGCAAGUCGUCCCUGCAGCAGGCGGGAAAAGGCUGUUUGUCUGUCACCUGAGCCAAAUCAAGAUGUUUGUCCAGAUGGACAUUCAGGUUCACCGCGAGGGGGUCCUGGUCUACAACCGCAGCCUUCUCAUCGAGCUCGUCUUUCUUCUGGAUCCCCCUGCUAAUGUGGCGGUGACCACCACGGAUCAGCAAGGUCAGCUGAACGUCACCUGGCUGCCACCUCCUCUGAAGUACAUGGGUGACAGCAUCAUGUACGAGGUCUUCUACGCUCCGGAGAACAGCCAAGCAGGGCAGGUCAAGGUGGCGCAUGGCUCUGAAUUGAUCCUGAGGGGCUUGCAGUCAGGUAUUAUGUACAAGGUGCAGGUCCGAGGAAAGAUGGAUGGGUUGAGCUACGAUGGGUAUUGGAGUGCCUGGAGUGACCCGGUGUUCAUGAAAACUCUGCCUGCAGAACUUGACCCGCUCGUUAUAUCCCUGACUCUCAUCAUCUCCUUCAUCCUCCUCCUGCUGUGUCUUACCAUUCUCCUCUCCUAUCAAAGGUUUCUUAUCAAGAAGAUUUGGCCAACUAUUCCAACUCCGGACAAAAAAUUCCAAGGUCUUUUUACUGUUUAUGGCGGGGACUUCCAGGAGUGGUUAGGGCACACCAGUGGAAGCCUGUGGUUGGCCCCAGCGUUCAUCUACUCUGAAGAAUGCCCCUCACCUCUGGAAAUUCUCUCAGAACUCAGGCUAUGUCCCCCGAUGCCCUCCCCGCCUUUGCCAUCCAAGGUGUCUAAAGCUCCGACUGCUGUCAGAAAGGAGGACACGGGAGCCAAGAAGGAGCUAGAUGAGCGAGGGUUGUUGGAAAGGGACGAUACGGCUCCGGCGCAUGAGUGGAGAUCCAUGCCGCAUGACCACUGGCUGAUGGACCGCUUACGGGAGCACCCCGUCCCCUGCUCCCAGUGUUGUCUGCUGGAGUCUCAAGAUGCCUACGUCACCCUCAGUGGCAGCGACCACGUUGAAGACAAGGGCCCGGAUGACAACCUCGAGGAAACCUUACCCCUUGAGGUGCUUUUUGCCUCCAGAAAGACGGCGCUGUGUGAAUCUCACUCCGACUUGGGAUCUGCGCAGCAAAGCUCAGGGUCGGGUCGCCUUUCAUCCCAGUCCAGCUUUGAGUACCCAAACAAUGCCUGGAUUUCCAAAGGCCCUGGAUACUCCUACAUGGCAGUGGCAGACCAUGGGGUCUAUAUGGAUUACAGCCCCAUGAGCAGAGUGGAGGAUUUUGGGAAAGUGGUUACCUAUGCAAAUGAUUACAAGAACGAGAUCCCUGCUCAUAGAAGACCCUUCCUGACGAGGCAGUACCCUGUCAACGAUGAAGGUUGAGAGGAAGCUUAAUGGACUGAGUCUUAAACCACCCUUGGUGAAGGGCAUACAGAUAUUCACCUAAGGCUACAUAACCCCUCAUCUACUGUUAUGAGAGGAACCGAGGAGCUUACCAAUGCCAAACGGUAAGCUAAAGGACAAACACAAAGAAGGCUCCGCUGGAUGUACCUGAUCUGUACAAUACCACUACACAGAAACGGCAGCCACCCUCUAAUAUCCUACCCUGCUGCAGAUCAGUCCGGGGAUUUGAGAUUCAAGUUGAAGGAGUGAACUCCGAGAGAGUCCACAGUAAUGCGUUCAUAUCUAGGCUAAGCAUCUACUACUUUUAAGCUUAAAUGUAAGAAUUGCUAAACUAGUUAAAACAUACAGUAGACUCUGAAAUGAAACACUGUUUUUUCUUCUGAUACGUCUUUGUGUACGUCGUUGGUGAGAUCAUUCUUUUUGAUUAUUAUUAUUAUUAUUAUUAUUAUCAGCCAAUUCCAAUAAAAGACUUUUACAAGUAUCUAAAGCCUGAUGUGUAGUAGCGUUCACCGGUGCUAUACAUCAGUCUAAGAGUGUAGGGUUAUGCUAGCAGCAUGCUUUGUUUAGCUUUAAUGUCACAUCAGCAUGCUAACAGUGAUAAUGUCAAUGUUCAUCAGGUAAUAAAUAUUCUUUUCAACGUCUUAGUUUAGCACAAACAUCCGUUUUUUGGUUCUCUAAAUACAAACUACAGCUGUGGUUCCAACCAAAGCACUAAGAACUUUUAGUCCCAGGAACUUUACUCUACAGACAGCUACAGACUCCUAAAAAUAGCGGUGGAAAUCGAUUUUUUGUGGGGUGAAAUAAUUUCCUCAGAUCUAAACUUUUAGGCCUUGGUCCAUGCAGGUAUAAGAGGGUUUCUAGUCCGAGGAGAAAGUUCCAACAGUGGAAAACUGGCUUAUGGCCAUGUCGACUAUAGGAACACCAUUAGUUUUGAAGGUCUGUAAACCCAAAAUACUGAAUAAAUAAAAUGCUUGAUCUUA